UCAACGCGGUGUCAAAAAAAUACGAAUUUUGGUUACUUUUCCUACUUUUAAAAAUUGUUUACCCAGUGUUUAAAUAUUUAGCCAAAAAAUUGCUAUUGCCAGUACGUUUCCAAACAAGCACAUGAGUCGUUGCAAGGCGGGCACAUUUAGGUUAAGGUUUCUGAAGUAAACUGAAAGAUGGAACUCACAGAGUGGCGCCAGGACAUAUUUAAUCAGCUACAACUCAGGAAUCGAAGGGAAACCUACGGUUUUCAGGAUUUGGUCGCUCAGCAUAAUAAGAUAUUUGAUAAUGCCAAUGCAUUGCGACAUGAAAACCUGCAGCUGUCGAUACAAAACGAGAAACUGAGAGUUGAGGGGAUUUGUGCGUCCCCCGGCAACAGUGCAGAGACUCGUUUGCAGGAGAAAAUCCAGCACUUGGAACAGAAACUCUUGGCACACACAGAGGAACUGGCUGACUUGCACAAACGCAAAGGCGAAAACUCACAGCAGAUUAUAGAUUUGAAUGUGCGGGUGCAGGAGAGAGAUAAGCUUAUUGCCACCAAAGAUGUGAUGUUGGCCGAGGCAAACUCUAAAAUAGUCAGUUUGAAAGCCGAGGUGAGCAUGUUGAUGCAGGCUAACAAAGAGUUGAAAUAUCAAAACGACACUUUGCGGGAUGAGCAUCAGGCCUUACAGCUCGCCUACAGCUCUCUAGAGGAGAAACUUAGAAAAGUACAAUCCGAAAACGGCGAGCUGGUGGAACGGCUGAUAAAGUACAAGGCGAAAGACGCGGAACGGAUGAACGAAGAGAAUGACAACUUUUUAAACGAGGGCGCCAAACAAUUUUCCUCUGUACUCAGCACCUUUGGUAUUUUUAGAAAACGGCACGCCCGUCUCCAGAAGGAAAUCGAGGAGGCCUGUAAGGACACCCGGGGCAUGUCGUCAGACGAACUGCAGGAAGGUUUCGGUCCUUUGUCGCAGUCCGCGUUGCCAACAAAGGUGCAUGCCCGAUUUGACGCGCACGAGGGCGAGGUCAACGCUGUCAAAUGGAGUCCCGUGGAUCGGCUGGUGGCGACGGGCGGUGCCGACAGGAAAGUGAAACUCUGGGAUGUUUCGAAAGGGUCCCAUGAGUACAAAGGGGUUUUGGUUGGUAGCAAUGCGGGCGUAAUGGCGGUUGAUUUCGACCCUUCGGGGUCCCUGCUUCUGGGCGCCUCGAACGACAACGCUAUCAGGGUGUGGACGAUUGUCGACCAGCGGAUAAGGCACACGCUAACGGGACAUUCUGGGAAGGUGAUGGCCGGCAAAUUUCUAGGCGACGCGUCCAAAGUUGUGACCGGUAGCCACGACCGGACAUUGAAAAUUUGGGACCUCAAAAGCAGAGCAUGUAUUGAGACGAAAUUUGCUGGAUCGAGUUGCAACGACUUGGUGACGGUAGAUAACGCCGGUUCUACUAUUAUUAGCGGACAUUUCGAUAAAACGGUGCGAUUUUGGGACAACAGGUCCGAAUCCAGCGCGAACAAUAUAGUCCUGAACGGCAAGGUGACUUCGUUGGAUUUGACGAGAGAUGCAAAAUAUCUCAUAUGUUGCGUGAGAGACGACACCUUGAAGCUCAUCGACUUGAGGGUCAACCAAGUAGUGAUGUCGUAUAGUUGUGACGGUUUCAAAGUAGGAUGCGAUUGGGCCAGAGCGUCUUUUAGCCCAGACGGGCAAUAUGUCGCAGUGGGCUCCGGUGACGGUAGCGUGUACAUAUGGGGCGUCGUCAACGGCAAAGUCGAGCAAAUCCUCAAAGAACACGGAUCGUCAGUGACGGCAACGGCUUGGCAUCCCUACGGCAGUUUUAUGGCCAGUGUAGACAAAUCGAGGCGCGCCAUUAUAUGGGCCGGCGAUAUAUAAAUGCCACCAGCACCUGCGCCGUAUUUGUGAUCAAACCGACGAAGACUAUAUAAUAAUAUACGUGUAUAUUUCAAGUACUAACUACGGCGAAAAACAAGGGAGCGGCAACAGUGCAAGAUCCAAAAUCGUAUUCGUUGCGGAAACGACGAACCCAUCCAUGCAGUUUGCGCCGACCUUGUUAUGAGUAGUUUAAAACCCCGGAUCUAAUUACGAACUCUCUCAAUUCACCAAAAAGUUGAUUAUUGUCGUCUAUUGAAAAGUAGGCAGAUUGUGUGUGGUUUAUACAAAAUGCACUGGGAGGGCCGUCUUUCAUGUAACUGAAGACUGUACGUAAAAAUUUCUUGUGCCAUAAACGGAUUUUUGAAAUUGAAGUUGUCGUUAUUGGACAUUCUUGCUGUGUGGUUCUUGUACUCAAGCCCGUCGAGUACACAAAAAAAUGCACCACGAUAUUGUUUGUAAUGUCAUUUUCAUAAAUA